AUGGAACCCCGCGGCGAGCGCGAGCACUGGAAGGUCCAAGAAGCAGAGGCCAAACAGAUGCUAUAUGACUAUCUGACCAUGCCAGAGGGUCACAUGCUGCAUCCCAAGCGGUACAGUAACAGUAUCACCAACUCACUCGUCAUUGGUAUUCGCACUAAAGCCGUCCACGAUGAGUAUAUAAAGAAGCUCUUCUAUCUGAUGGAUAAAUGGUCCUUAGUACAGGAGUUUGGUACUACCCCUCCUGUCGCCUCGUUUGCUCUGCUGCGUUAUGUGCCACAAUGGCUAUUAGGUAAUUAG